AUGCCAGGCAGCUGCAUCCAGACAGGAUUCGACUGCUUCGACCAAAUCAAGGAGCAGUACGGCAACAAUUUGAAGAAGGGGUUCAUUGUAAACGGCAGCUCUUACCACAAGGCGCUCAAGACGGUCAUCAUCAUGAACGAGCCAGACCUAAAGUUCGAGGGAGGCCUGCGGGGCACCCCAGGACCGCCGGAGCACUUCUGCAGGGCGCUCAUCAGCGGCCUCGACGGCAUGAUCAGCGCCGAGAAAGAGCUCAACGUGACGGGGCCCGCACCCAACUUCACGGUGGCCUUCUCGUUCGGUCGGUGCGACUUGUGCUCGGACAAGGGCAACUUUCCUGGAAUCGGCCAGAUGCUGGAGCUGCGGCGCUACAUGAAGAACCCCAAGCUGUUGAACUACACGGCCCGCAACGACAUGUGGCUCGCCUACAAGACGCGCUUCAUCAACUCUUUCAACACUGCGAACCCGGCCAUCGAUAUCCGCCCCCUUUUCCUGGACGAGUACGACCGCGAAUUCCCACAGACCCCGGUGUUCCUGGGAGAGUACCACUCGCCGAACUUCGGCGACCAGCGCACGGAUCUGCACCGCAUCAUGGAGAUCGCCGCCAACGAGUCCACCAUGCUCAUCGGGCUUUCUUUCUUCGAGUUCCAGAAGCGCUACGACAAGGGCGGAGGAGAGAUGACGUUCGGCAUGUUCGGGCUCGGCGAGCGCACCCUCGCCUCCACCACCAUCGCCACGAGGAACUACUCGACGUACUGCCUGGAGACGGUGGAAGUCAAGCUUCCCAAGACCCAUGACGAUUUCGACCCGAACCAGUGCGGUCAGCAGCACGAAGAUGUGGACUUCGUUGUUGACGGCGACUGGGCCACGCACAUCGACCACGUCCCCACGCCUGCGGACUGCUGUGCCAGGUGUCAGGAGGAGCACAAGCGCUGCGACGUGUGGACCUGGGUGAAGGAGGCCGGGCUGGACGGCAUCCCCAGCCAGUGCUGGCUCAAGGGCGGCGGCCAGCCCCGGCCGACGAAGAAGCCCGGCGUCGUGUCGAGCUACAUGCACGGCGGAGCAGGCGGCGAGGCCAAGAAGAAGGCUGAGAAGCCUCACGCCGACCAUUUGCACGAGCUCCUGACCGAGGCCUUUGGCGGCCCCGGCCUCGAGCCCCACCAGCUCUGCCCCGCGGCCGCCGACGCCGCGUCCGGCGGGCAGGCCCCCGCAGCAGCGGCCGCCCACGCCUCCGGCGGAGAGGCCCCCGCACCGGUGGCUGCCAACGCCUCCGGCGGCGGGAAGACCCCCGCAGGGCAGCCAUCGGCGGGCCACCACCCCAGCUCGGAUGCCGUGGUGCGGCGGGCGGCGGCAGAGACCGCCGGCGCCGCAGCCCCGGGCACCGCACCUGCCAGAGCUGCCGCCAGUGCAGCCAGUGCGGCCCUGCCCGCGGUGGGAGCAG